AUGUAUAUGCUUGACAUGUCUCGUCGUAAUAAUGGUUCAACCGGCCCACAAGAUGAGGGUUUAGGUGAUGUUGUUCGUGCUUUGAAUGUUGUUGCUCAAGCGAUGCAGCAACAAGUGAAUCUUAAUCAGAAUGCACCUCCUCCUCCACCACCACCUAAUCAAAGGGGUAGUCCUGAUCCACUAGUUGUUGAAGAUAGGAUAGAUAAGAUUGAGAAAAUAUUCACCCUAUUAGACGUGAAUGGUGAGGAUAAGUUUAAUCUUGCAGUUUAUAAGCUUGGGGGUGAAGCCACUCGUUGGUGGGAUAUGACUCGUCGUUCUAGAAAUGAUGGCAUGUUUACCUGGGUAGAAUUUCGACUCGCUUUCCUAAAUAAGUACUUUCCACAAACUGCGCGAAACCAACGCAUGAUCGAGUUUAUGUUGUUGACCCAGAGAAAUAUGACAGUAGCGCAGUAUCAAGCCAAGUUUGAAGAACUUUCUCAUUUUGCUCCUCACUUGGUUGAGCAUGAAGAGCUGAAGGCUUUUAAGUUUUAG